AUGAUUCGAAAUAAAUGGACGUUGAAUGACUAUAUAACUUAUCUUCUUUUAACACUUGUUUUUCUUUCAUCAUGGACAGAUAUUAACGGAAUAUUUGCUGAAUUACCACAAAUUGUUUUAACACAACCAGAACAUUGGAAACUUGGUGCAUAUCUUGCACUUAUUACAAAUUUUGGUAAUAUAGCACCUGCUUCACUUGUUCUUAUUAAAUGUUUAUAUAAAAAACAUACAUUUAAUCCUAUACCAAUUAAUUAUAUUAUUAUUAUUAUUGGUAUGUUAUCAUGUUUAUUACUGGUAUUUUUUUGGCAAUAUACAACAAUUAUACGAAAUCAAAAAUAUAGUACAGCACUUCUUAUACUUGCUUUUUUUCUAUCUUUACUUGAUUGUACAUCAUCCGUUUCAUUUGCUGAAUAUAUACAAAAAUUUCGAAAAGAAUUUAUAAGUGCUCUAUUUCUUGGUGAAAGUCUUACAUCAAUUAUACCAAGUUUACUUGCUAUUGUACAAGGCAAUGGUCAACUUCAUUGUAUUCCUUCGAUUAAUGGAACUAAUAUUACAGGAAUCGUUUAUAAAACAGCACGAUUUUCAGUUUCUAUUUAUUUUUUAUGUUUAUUUUUUCUUUUAACAAUUUCCUUAAUUUCAUUUGUAUUAUUACAAUGGACACAAGCUGCUCGAACAACACGUCAAAAUGUAUCUAAAAUGUCUUUCAAAUUAACUGAAAAUGAUAUUGAAACUAUAAAUACUCUUAUUGAACAAAAAACAAUUUCAUCUGAAACGUUUCAUUUAACUAAAACAUCUUAUCUUAUUCUUCUAUUUGGAUGUGCCUAUACAAGUUCAAUUCUGUUUGGAAUACUUCUUUCAAUUUCAACUUAUGUUUUAAUGCCAUAUGGACAUCAAAUUUUUUAUUUUGGUACAAUUCUAUCACCAUGGAUGUUAACACUUACUUGGAUAUUUGGUAUAAUAAAACCUGUUAUAUCUAAACGUUAUAUAUUUAUUUUAAUUCUAUGUGGAUCAAUAACAUUUUUAUUUGAUAUGUUUGUUUCAUUUAAAAGUCCAUGUCCACCAUUUGUUAAUACAAUAAAAGGUGAUAUUCUAAUAUUAACUAUUUGGCUUAGUACUUAUGUACUUCUAGGAUAUCCUCGUUUGAUUAUUGCAAAUUAUGUUCGAAAUUAUUCUUCAAAUGGAAUGUUUUGGUAUGGUGUUAAUGUACAAUUAGGUGCAUUAAUUGGAUCUAUUAUUAUUUAUCAUUUAAUUGAAACAUUUUCUUUAUUAUAUCAAACAAUACCUUGUGAACAAAUCAUUUGUUAA